AUGGCCACCGCGGCUUCCAAUCCUUAUCUGCCCAGCAAUAGCAUCUUAUCGUCCGGCUCCAUCGUGCACUCUGACUCCGGAGGUGGUGGCAUGCAGCCGGGCAGUGCUGCGGUUACCUCGGGGUCUGGGGGCUACAGGGGAGACCCCUCAGUCAAGAUGGUACAGAGUGACUUUAUGCAAGGCGCAAUGGCAGCGAGCAACGGGGGACACAUGCUGAGCCAUGCCCAUCAGUGGGUGACAUCCCUCCCGCACGCCGCAGCGGCCGCAGCAGCAGCCGCGGUUGCUGCAGCUGAAGCCGGAUCGCCCUGGUCGUCGAGCCCCGUCGGGAUGACGGGCAGCCCGCAGCAGCAGGACGUGAAAAACUCCGGCAGAGACGAUCUGCACACGGGCACUGCGCUGCACCACAGGCCCCCUCACUUAGCUCCCCACCAGACUCACGCCGGGGCUUGGGGGAGCACGACUGCGGCUCACAUUAACUCCAUAUCCGGAGGACAGCAGCAGCAGCAGUCGCUGAUCUACUCUCAGCCCGGUGGAUUCACUGUGAACGGGAUGCUCAGUCCAGGGAGCCAGAGCCUGGUGCACCCGGGCUUGGUGAGGGGGGACACCCCGGAUCUGGACCACGGCAGCCACCAUCACCACCAUCACCACCAGCAUCCGCAUCACCAGCACCACGGCGGCGUCAACAGCCACGACCCGCACUCGGACGACGACACGCCGACCUCGGACGACCUGGAACAGUUCGCCAAGCAGUUCAAACAGCGGAGGAUCAAACUGGGCUUUACGCAGGCGGACGUCGGCUUGGCGUUGGGCACCCUGUACGGGAACGUUUUCUCUCAGACAACCAUUUGCAGAUUCGAGGCUCUGCAGCUCAGCUUCAAAAACAUGUGCAAGCUCAAGCCUUUGUUAAACAAGUGGCUUGAGGAGGCCGACUCGUCCACCGGCAGCCCCACCAGCAUCGACAAGAUCGCGGCGCAGGGGAGGAAGCGAAAGAAGCGCACAUCCAUCGAAGUGAGCGUCAAAGGGGCUUUGGAGAGCCACUUCUUAAAAUGCCCCAAACCCUCGGCACAGGAGAUCAGCAGCCUGGCGGACAACUUGCAGCUGGAGAAGGAGGUGGUUAGAGUGUGGUUUUGCAAUAGGAGACAGAAGGAAAAACGGAUGACGCCCCCAGGAGUGGCACAGACGCCGGAGGAUGUGUACUCUCAGGUCGGCAAUGGGCAUUUUUUAGUAGAUUACUUAAAAGAUGCAAGUGAAGCGAGCGACCAGAGGGUGACAACCACAAGUUCAUUCCACCAGGUAAUUUUGGCGCAUUAA